AUGCUGGCCAAGGACGUUGAUGCAGGUCGGUCUACAACUUCUUCCACGACGGGAGUACCGUACAUUCCAACUGACGUCAUAGUGAAGAAGGUGGCCCCACUGAUUUUCCUUCCGCCUGAACAUAUUCGAGAGCUUGUACAGUGCUUCGAUCACGAAGGAAAAGGAGGACUCUCGGAGGCACAGUGGAGUCGUUUCUGCGAAGAGCAUCACAAACGGUUUACCUCCUUAGGACAAUAUGAGAUCGACUUCGAAAGAUUUCAAUAUUACGGCGAGUUCUCCGCUACUGAAGAACCGAGUUCUGCUGCUCGAGUCGUCCAGGGAGUUGUACGUUUCCUAGAAGGGUUUGCCGCUGGUGGGAUCGCUGGUGCCGUUAGCAAAACGGUAAUUGCACCCGCUGACAAGGUUAAGAUAAUCUUCCAAGUAGACUCCCAGCGGCGCUUCUCACUUUACAAUGCAUGUAAGCUGGGUAUGGCAACAGUGAGGAAGCACGGUAUAGCUGGAUUGUGGAUAGGUAAUGGCGCAACGAUGAUACGAGUUGUGCCAUAUGCCGCCGUGACAUUUGUAACGUUUGAUUACUAUCGUGAGGGGUUUCAGUAUUUACUGAUCGCCGAUCGGACAAGUACUUCAAAGAAUGAGGGCACAAUGGUUAUCAUACGGUUCCUGAGUGGCUCACUUUCGGGUGCUACGGCAACGGCGUGCACCUACCCUCUGGACCUCAUGAGGGCGCGACUUGCUGUUCACAAUUUCGACAAGGGGGUGAUCCCCAGCUACUGCCGGGCUUACAGGUCACUGGUGGCCGAUCACGGCUGGAGGUCGCUAUAUUCUGGACUAGUUCCUACUGUUAUUGGCAUUAUGCCCUAUGCAGGGUGUAGUUUUGCUGUCUUCGAGACUCUGAAGAGCUAUAUUGUUCGAUGGCGUGAGCUUUCGUCCGAGAAGUCCAUUUCUGUGCAUGAGAGGAUUGUGGCUGGUGGUUUUGCUGGACUUGUUGCUCAGUCCGCUACCUACCCUCUGGACAUUGUUCGGCGCCGCAUGCAAGUGACGCCAGGUCGUUACCGCGGUGUUUUCCAUGCACUUCGUGUGAUUUACAAGGAGGAAGGCUUCCUUCAGGGUUGGUAUAAAGGCCUUUCCAUGAACUGGAUUAAAGGCCCCAUAGCCGUUAGCACUGUUUUUACUGUCAAUGAUAUCGUUAAGCGGCGCAUGCGCGAGUACGAUGAGGAGGUAGUGAAAUACUCCCGUCGGGGAAACUUGGUGUCUCUUCCAGAGGGGCUUGUUUGCGGAAUGAUGGCCGCGUGUGUGGCCCAAACAUGUACAGCUGCACUUCUUCAACUUAAAAUCUUGUUUCAAGUGUGUUUGGGCCGUUUAUAUUCACGUACAACCGGCCGGCACGGUCCCCUGUCGAGUGGUUUGCUCUGCUGGAGAGGUGUUGCAGCCCACGGUGGUGACGUCACAAUGAUGCGAGUUAUUUCGUAUGGUGCCCUCACUUACUCACUGUUUGACAUAUGCCAGACAGCUUCAGAGCGGCUGUUAUUUUCUCUAACGCCAACGCCGGCUACAAACUUUGUUGCAGGCGCUGUGGCGACGGCGGCGGCAACGGCUCUGCUGUACCCUAUCGCGCAUGUGGGCGCCCGAGCAGUGAAACACACGACUCCACGUCACUUUCAUUCACAUUAUUGGCUACUUCACGAUAUAGCAAAAGCGCAAUCUCCGCGAUCAUUUCGCGAGUGGAGUACCUUUGCGGCUAUGGGUGUAGGGCCUGUUGGGGGCGUCGGUUUUGCGACCUACGAAUUCCUCAAGGAACACUGUCACUGCACUUCGUUCGGUCAGCGACUUUUUGCUGGCGUGCUCGCCUCUUUCGUCGGUCAUGUCACUACCUAUUUCAUUAAUGUCGGAAGGCGACGUGGACAGGUGGAGCAACUCACGUCUUCUGGCGUAGUCGACGCUAAGAGUGUGUGUCUAAAACCUGGAUUCUAUGCUUCUUUCCGCCGCUGCAUGCCACGGAGGUGGCCUGUCAGUGCGACGACGUUCGGGAUUUCGCUUGCUGUUAAUGAUAUGUGUCGUGACUUGGUUAUCCAGGAGAGGAAGGAGAUUUUGCACGACAUUUUCUUUACAAGGUAA